AUGUCCACCCAACCACCACAACAAUCAUCACCCACCUCCUCACCAACCCCCUCCCAACGCACCCUUGAAGCCAAAGCAGCCUUCACUGCCUCCCUCCGCUCCGCCGGCGCAAACUACGAUGCUGAGCUCCGCGACCGCGCGCGCUCGCUGCACGAGAACGCCGCCGCGCUAGACAAGCAGGAGGCGGAGCUGCGGCGGACGACGGCCGAGCUGGGACGGCAGAAUGAGCAGUGGGAGAAGGUGGCGGAUACGGCGCGCGAGGGGCUGAAGGAGAUUGGGGACGUGCAGAAUUGGGCGGAGUUGAUUGAGAGGGAUUUGUUGGUUGUGGAGGAGAUGUUGAGGGAGGUGGAGGCGAGGGAGGAAGGGGUGGGGGAGGAGGGAGAGGGGCAGAUGACGAUGAAUGGGAAGGGGAAGGGGAAGAAGGGAGAGGAGGAGGCGAAGGGAGGGUGGUUGAGGUGGUGGUGA